GCAGUCGCAGGUUAUCCAUCGCCUGGUACAAGAUCUACCGUCACUCUGCAACGUCUGGGAUCUUCCUUUAUAUAGACGAGAGACGAGAAAACCACUUCACUCAACGCGGAUCCAGAUUGUUCUCCUUUUCCUCUUUUGCCCCCUCUCUCCUGUUUUUUUCUCACCCCCCUGAUCAGGCUAAACCAUCCUGUGUUUUGUAAAGGCAAUUGUUAGUGCGCAUCAUCGCGGGAGCCAAAAGGAGGUUUGCCACUUUUCCAUAGGAGACUGCGGGCUGCUGGAGCGUCAUGACAGCUGAGAAGAGCGGGCCCGUUAUAAACGGUAAACCAGAGGAUGGCAGAGACCCGGAAGGGUCCAGCUCCAGCCUAGACAACGCGGAGUACAAUGAGAGGGGUCAUUGGAACAACAAGAUCGAGUUUGUUCUGUCUGUGGCUGGAGAGAUCAUCGGGCUGGGCAACGUCUGGAGGUUUCCUUACCUCUGCUACAAGAAUGGAGGAGGUGCGUUCUUCGUCCCAUAUGUCAUCUUCUUUGUGUGUUGCGGUAUCCCUGUGUUUUUCCUGGAGACUGCCCUUGGUCAGUUCACCAGUGAGGGAGGCAUCACCUGCUGGAGGAAAGUCUGCCCGCUAUUUGAAGGUAUUGGGUAUGCAACGCAGGUGAUUGAAGCUCAUCUAAACGUGUACUAUGUAGUGAUCCUUGCCUGGGCCAUCUUCUACCUCUUCAACUGCUUCACCACGGAGCUGCCGUGGGCUGGCUGUGGGCACUACUGGAAUACAGAGAACUGUGUGGACUUCUAUGGAGAAAAUGCAACCAACAUUACAAACCCCAACGCAACUUCUCCAGUCAUUGAGUUCUGGGAACGCAGAGUACUGAAAAUAUCAGAUGGUAUUGAGCACAUGGGGGGAAUGCGCUGGGAGCUGGCCAUGUGUCUGGCCCUGGCCUGGUUCAUCUGCUACUUCUGCAUCUGGAAGGGACCCAAGUCAACUGGCAAGGUUGUGUAUGUGACAGCUACAUUUCCUUACGUCAUGUUGUUGGUCCUGCUGAUCAGAGGAGUGACUCUGCCAGGAGCAUAUGAAGGCAUCAAGUUCUACCUCUACCCGGACAUUUCACGUCUUUCUGACCCUCAGGUAUGGGUGGACGCUGGAACCCAAAUCUUCUUCUCUUAUGCUAUUUGCUUGGGCUGUCUCACUGCUCUGGGAAGUUACAAUGCCUACAACAAUAACUGCUACAGGGACUGCCUCAUGCUGUGUUGUCUGAACAGUGGCACCAGCUUUGUGGCAGGUUUUGCUAUCUUCUCUGUGCUCGGCUUCAUGGCCUACGAACAAAAUGUUCCCAUCGAGGCUGUGGCAGAAUCUGGUCCUGGUCUUGCAUUUAUUGCAUACCCCAAGGCUGUUACUAUGAUGCCACUGUCUCCACUUUGGGCCUGUCUCUUCUUUAUGAUGCUCAUCUUCCUCGGUCUGGACAGUCAGUUUGUGUGUGUGGAGAGUUUAGUGACAGCUGUGGUGGACAUGUACCCAGAGACCUUCAGGAGAGGCUACCGCAGAGAGCUGCUGAUUCUGGGCAUGUCUAUAGUCUCCUUCUUCAUAGGACUCAUCAUGUGUACAGAGGGAGGGAUGUACGUCUUCCAGCUGUUUGACUCCUACGCUGCCAGCGGGAUGUGUUUGCUGUUUGUGGCCAUAUUUGAGUCCAUAUGUAUCGGCUGGGUCUAUGGUAGUGACAGAUUCUACCUAAAUAUUGAGGACAUGAUUGGCUACAAACCAGUCUUCUUCAUUAAGUGGUGCUGGAUGAUCCUGACCCCGGGCAUCUGUGCUGCAAUUUUCCUCUUCUUCCUGAUUAAAUACAAACCACUGAAGUACAACAACGUGUACACCUACCCUGACUGGGGCUAUGGUAUCGGUUGGUUCAUGGCCAUGUCCUCGAUGGUCUGCAUCCCUCUGGGGAUGAUCUGGAUGAUCUGGAAGACUCCUGGCACCUUCUCUGAGAGAAUGAAGAAGUUGACAACUCCCAGCAAGGACCUGAAAAUGAGAGGAAAACUCGCCGCCCUCAGUCCCUACGCUGCCAACGACGCAAAACCUAAAGUUGACGGAAAAAUAUCGACCAUCUCAGAGAAGGAGACGCAUUUCUAACCGACCCCCUGACUGAUCGACCAAGCUGCCUGCCGUCUUCAUAAUACGCCCAACCAACUACAGCAAACAACAACAACAACAUUAUCCACCACUACACAAAAGAGGAAAUUAAACAAAUGACUUGGAGUGUUAUUUUUGUUUUGUAAAAAAAAAAGGGAAAAAAAGGAAAAGCUAUCACAUGAUUAUGUAGUCUGCUUCUGUUUUGCACAAACCUUUAUAACACAUUUGUUGUUUUCUGUUAACAUUGUGGCUAAAGCAGCUGUUUCUUUCUUUUCUAACCAUUAAUAUUUUUAAAUCUGUUUGAUGACAUACAAUAUGGUUAAAACAUGUCCUGGUACCUUGUCAGUAUUGGUCACACUAGUGUCUGGGCCUUUAGAACAAUACCAAUGUGUUGUGUUGUAAAAGGCUUACACUGUACAUUCAUUGGCAAAGUGCUGUGCCUCUCUAUUAGGUACUAGGUACCCAAAUGUGACUAUCUAAGAUGUAGCAGCUUGGGGACCAUUCUACAUAGUUUAGUGUGUAAGGAGAGGACACUGCAGUAUGUGUUAGUACUGAGGCUAUAGGAGGGCAAACCCUGAAUACUCCUUCAUUAAAACUUUGAGUUGUAUAUAAAGAGUUUUGCCAUUGAAAUCUCAGAUGUUUUCUGAACCAGCUGUGACUAUAAGGGGCUGUGGAAUGUUUUAAGGCCUUCAGUGAUUCUUAUUUACUUCAAUUCAAUGUUGUCGCUCAGCAACAGACACAAAAAACCUGCUUACUGGAUGUAAUUGAAUGAUAUUAUUAGGUUAUUGUUUAUCGUGUUAGGAUAGAUUGCAUCCUUGAGGGCUUUGCUGAUUUCCAUGGCACUGCUCUUUCUAAACCUCUGCUUGGGAGGUAACAUUGAAAGGCAAAUACAUUGAGGUCUAGAGUUUAAACACUGUUAGACGGAAAUCUUUAAUUUAGCAUCUCUAGUUUUGAGCCACAAAUCUUCACAUGGCUACAAAUAGCAGUGAGUGACUUGCAGGCUGAGUCUAAAUACACACCUCUCUCUCCUCUAGCUGCCCUCCUAUAAGUCGUGGGUAUCUGUCAUUUCACAGUAAUUAUGCUGAGCCUAACACAGAGUGACAGACAGACGUGCUUCCACCCCUGCAUUUUUAUUUCUUGCUCCGCCUGUAGAGGAGAAGAUGGACGCCCAUCAGAUGAGCAUUUCAAAACCCAUCCGUCUUCUUAUCCCCCUCUUUUUAUUCUUUCCCCUUGUCCCCUUCUCUCUUUUCUCCCGCUGUCCUUCCUCCUCUUCUUCAACCCCUGCUUGUCUGCCUCUGUCAGUUUCUUUCCACUUCUGUCUUUCUGUUCAUCACAUGGGGG